UUUUAUUUCUCUUUUUCUUCUGACGCAUACAACGAUGAAAUUCUCGUCCUUCAGCCAUGAACAGUUCUUCCUUUCCCCGCUCUUCCCAUGUCAUCGUAUCCUCACCGCUUGUCCUCGCCUUCAUCACGCGUUGCUAUCGCCGUAUAUAAGAAAGCGAUGAUCGAGAAGCAUUCGAAAGCGAGGAUCACCUCGAUCAGCACAGUGCGCUAAUAGACGUUACUUCUCACGGAUCAACAGUAACAUAUCUCUGAGAUGUUCGCGAGAGUCUCGUGGAUCGCCGUGACAAUAAUCGCACUAUUUUGCGUUUAUACCUCCGCUCAAAUUGUAUCGCAGGUCUGUCUAGGCUGCAUAUGCGAAGUUAGUUCUGGAUGUAAUACCACUAUCGGGUGUUCUGAAGCAGUAUGUGGACCCUUUGCCAUAACAUGGGGGUACUGGUCCGACGCUGGUAAACCAACUCUAAACAGUGAGCCACUUAGCGACAAUGCUUAUGCCAGAUGCGUCAACGAUCCUUACUGUGCUGCUGCCGCAGUACAAAACUAUAUGGCCAAAUUCGGUCAUGACUGUAGUGGAAAUGGAGUGAUCGACUGUGAAGAUUAUCUGCGUAUUCAUCGACUUGGCGCAAAUGGCUGCACCGGUGCGCUUAAUAGCAAAUAUGAUACUAGAUUCAAAUUGUGUUUACGAACCUUCCAAAAUCAAUAACAUAUAUAUAUUAUGUUAUCACUUAAUAAUCAUCCAUUAAUUAAU